AGGAGAAAAUGGAGCUGGACCUGGAGCUGCCGGCGGGGAGCGCGCCGGCCCCGAGCGACGUGGGGAGCCUGAGGAGAUCGAACAGCGCCCCCCUCAUCCACGGGCUGAGUGAUAAUUCACAGGUGUUCCAGUCCAACAUUUUGCGAACCCGCAGAAACAGUACAACAGUGAUGAAUCGUCAUAGUCUGUUGGUGCCAUCGUCUCCUGUUCGUAUUCCUAGCAGCCGCCUUCAUCAAAUCAAACAGGAAGAAGGAAUGGAUUUGAUGAACAGAGAAACAGUACAUGAACGGGAAGUGCAAACAGCAAUGCAGAUCAGCCAGUCGUGGGAGGAAAGCUUGAGCCUGAGUGACAGUGAUUUUGAGAAAGCAUCCUCUCCCAAGCAAAUAGACUUUGUCCCAGUUUCUCCAGCUCCUUCACCCACCAGAGGAAUAGGGAAGCAAUGUUUCUCACCGUCUUUGCAAAGUUUGGUGAGUAGCAGUGGAUUACCUCCAAGCCCUAGCCCCAGUCCAACAAGGCGAUUCUUAAAGAGAAGUCAGAGUCCUGUCCACUGCAUUCGCCCAAGUGUUCUUGGGCCAAUGAAAAGAAAAGGUGAAAUGGAUACUGAAGAUGAGCCCAAGCGACUUUUUCAAGGAACUACUAGCAUGCUUUCUCCUGAAAUUUCACAUCUGACAGACCUUGGUACAUGUCUGACUUCAGGUAUCCUUGAUGGCAAUCAAAGCAGUGCUGGCUCUUCCUGUGAUUCUCGAGCUGAAGUUGGCAUCACCAGAGAUUCUCCAGCCUCACUUUCCAAUUCCAGAUCUCAAUUUAAACCCAUAGAUUUCACAGCUAAAUUACCCACAAAUUGAGACUGUAUUACUUCUAUGCUGGAUGGCAAGCAGACAAGCUGGAGAGCAACAUGACAAGUUUCUACAAUGUAUGACUGAUUUUCUUAUCUGAUCCUGUUCCUCAUAGGAACUUCCAAAAUAUCUUUACUUCUCAAAAGCUUCCAUAAUAGUUCCUUGAGGAAGUUUAUAGUGAUUUGUAUGACAUUUACUUAAAUACAGUUAGUGUUUAAACUCCAGAUGUUCUCUUUAAUAUGUGAAUUAUCUGCAUACACAUUAUUGAUUUAACACAUCUGCUAGAUUGGCAUAAUAAAUUGCAAAUAUAUAACUGUAUAAGGGGAAAUAAGGCAUUUUAAACUAUAUCUUUUCAGCUGCCACUAGUUUGUAAUGGUGCUGAUCUAGGUAACAAAUAGCUGCCUUUUUUGGAUUCUGUCAUUUUUUUAUCAUGCUAAUCAAAUGAUCCAUUUGUUAAUAUUAAUUUUACUCCACAAGUUUUAGGUAUGUAAUUUGCUGUUUUUAAAAUGUAAAUGUGGAUAUCAAAAUAUAAUUGGUGCCUGAGUCCUAAUUUGUUUGGCUCUUAAUCAAUGUUAUGUUCUGAUUGAAUGAAAAGAGCCAGAAUGGAUGACUUGUCCAUACAUUACAUUUUAUUUGUAAUCACACUUGCUGGUGUGACUAAAUACAGACUUAAGAUGAAACACGUUGCCUGCCAGAAUGGCCAGCUUCCUUUUCCCCGGUGUGACUGGGUAGAGUGAUAAACAUUCUCCUAGCACUGUUUUCCCAUAGAAGGAGCUUGAAUAGUGUGCUGGGACAGUGCAUGAAAUGCUAAAAUCCUGAAAUUAAAUACUUCACAUAAGAAAUUUAGAGGCAAUAUAAUCUUAACACUUUGUUUUAGUUGGUGAGAAAGGAAGCUUUAAAGAAGGACCCUGAAUAAGUCCAGACUGAAGUGAUAAUCCACAACCGUUAGCUCUGCUACAUGACUGCAUAUCAUGUUUUUAUCUCCACUGUAUAGUAAUAGUAAUAGCAACCCAGUAGAAGAAGCCUCCAUUUCCUCAGUAUCAUAGCAUAAAGAAAUUUGAUGUUUUACAGUUAACAAAUUAUUGAUCAUAAGCAUAGAAUUGAGCAAUGUAGAGACAUUGGAGAAUUCUUAUAAUGGAUUUAGAAGAAGCUAGUAUGCCCAGAAGCACCAUGAUAGCAAACCUAGAAGACUCCCAAGACAGAAGCAAGAGUGCCAGCCCCUAAGAAGCAAAGGUGGGCACUGAAUGUAGUGAGACUUUACUAAAACAAGAUAUGGUUACAGUUCUGUACCCUGUCAUAUGGCUAAUUCUCAGAGACAGAGCUUUGACAGGGCAGUAGCAUACAAGAGUAAGAAACAGAAGAUGUGUAGACCUUGGAUGAAUGAGGACUAAGGACCUAUAUUUCCUGUACAGUAUGGAGUUGCAGGAUGUGAUGGUCUCACUCUUGGCUCAAACACUGUGAACAUGGUUUAUUGUUGACUCUCCAUGAUUAUCUAUAAAUUAUUUCAGCUGUCAACUGAGCUUCCUUAUUCCACAGAUCAGUUUUCAUAAAAUUCUGCCUCAUGCUUUUCUUUUCCAGUGGCAGACAGACAAAAAUGUGUAUAACAUCUGCUUGCUUGCUUUAAUACAGCAUGGCUUUAUUUUAUAAUCUCAGCCAUAUGCCAAAGACUUAAUGUGCAUUCAUUCUUCUGUGGUAAGGGCAAAAUUACAGAUUUUUAUCUUGCUUUAUCUCAUUUUUCAUGAAUGGGCCUCGAUAUCUGAUUGCCAACCGUUUUAAAAGAUGCAUGAACAGAAAGGUAGUUACAGUAGCUAUAUUGUGUGUGGGUCAACAUGUCUCUUCUCUAUUAAAUAUUUAUGCUGGUUUUCCAAAUAAGUGCCAAUAAAGAGAACUGAAAAAAGAA